AUGAGUACUGUUCAGCUUAAAGGCUUUGGGGGGAAGUUGGUGCAGCUUGAAACCGGGCUAUUCAUCAACAAUGAAUUCCGGCCAGCCCUCAGUGGCAAAGUCCUGGACAUUGUCAAUCCCACAACCGGUGAGAAACUGGCCACAGUAUCGGCAGCCCAGCCUGAUGACGUUGAUCUCGCUGUCUCUGCAGCCCAGGCAGCCUUCACCAAUGGCUGGAAGGACAUCCUCCCUGCGAAGCGUGGCGAGCUCCUCCACAAGCUGGCCACACUGAUCGAACGCGAGACAGACGAAUUCGCCAGUAUCGAUGCACUCGAUGUCGGGACGCCGUUCGGUGCAUCCAAGCACAUGCAAGUUCCCCAGGCUACCGAGACGCUGCACUACUUUGCUGGCUGGGCCGACAAGAUCACCGGCCAGUUGCUAAAUAUUCCUCAAGGGUAUGCCUACACCCGACGUGAGCCUUUGGGAGUGUGUGCAGCCGUUGUCCCAUGGAAUGCGCCAUUAAUGAUUACCAUCUGGAAGCUUGCCCCAGCCAUUGCUGCCGGCAAUACACUCAUCAUCAAGACCCCAGAGAUCGCUCCUCUAUACGCCCAGAAGCUCGCAUCGUUGGUGAAGGAAGCCGGCUUCCCUCCUGGUGUCAUCAACAUUCUCUGCGGAGAGGGCCAUGUCGCCGGCCAGGCUCUAGCCGAGCACCACGGGGUGAAGAAGAUCGCUUUCACAGGUAGCGGCGUAGCUGGUCGAAAGAUCCUCAAGGCCUCCGCCGACUCCAACUUCAAGAAGGUCACCCUCGAGCUCGGCGGCAAGGGACCUUCAAUCGUGUUCCCCGACGCAGAUAUUGAGAACGCCCUGUUCUGGACCACGGUUGGCUUCACCGCCAACAACGGCCAGAUCUGUGCCGCCGGCACGCGCAUCUAUGUCCACUCGUCCAUUUACGAUUCUUUCUUGAAAGCAUUUGCGGAGCGGAUUAUCAGCACAGCCACCGGAGAUCCUCUCCAGGCUGAGACCACGAAGGGUCCUGUCGUCAGCAAGAGGCAGCUAGACCAGAUUCAAUCAUUCCUCGACUACGCCAAGGAGAACGACCUCAAGGCCGUCGGUGGCGAACAAGACCAGAGUCUACCAGAAGGCAAUGGGUAUUUCAUCCCGAAUGUGGCCUUCCGAGAUGUGCCAGAUGAUUCUCGUAUCAUGCGAGAAGAGAUUUUUGGCCCUGUCGCGGCUAUUGCCAAAUUCGACACGGAGGAUGAGGUCGUUCAAAGGGCAAACGACACGGUGUACGGUCUUGCCGCCGCCAUUUUCACAAACGAUAUCCACCGCGCAGACCGAGUGACGGCGGCUCUUGAAAGCGGAAUGGUCACUGUAAACUGCUGGGGCGCUCUGAACGCCAAUACGCCGUUUGGUGGGUGGAAGCAGUCGGGUUUCGGCCGAGACAUGGGCGAGGAGGCUCUGGAUUCAUGGCUGGUCACAAAGACUGUAAAGCACAAUAUUCUUCCCACUAAGUAG